UCUUGACCAAUCCCAUGCCUCUCGUGUGUUAAAUGUGUGGGUCACAGUCUAAAAGUUCUGGGAGUUUAUCUCCAUGUUGGACACUUGAAUAUCAAUGCACGUCAAGUUGCCUCCCAAGAGUAAGGAAAUAUAGCUGACAUGGGUCUCAUAAAAGGCUGUAAACUAGGGUAUGUUUGCCCGACCUGGACUGGAGUAAAGUGUGAAAAUUAGAAAUGAGUCCAACGGUGAGUUUCUCAUUAUCAGGCCAGCGAGAGAGAGAGAGAAAAAAGCAGCCGUUUAUUAGCCGGUGACCCCAUUAGGCGCGGGGCCAUCCGAUGAUGUUUAAAAAGCUGUCGGGCUGCGGUGGGAGUCCCAGGCCCCGGGCACAUCAUGAUCCCCCGUUGGUUUGAGCCCAAGCCCGGGCGGAAGCAGGCUAUUCUUGUGGCGCAUUGUGCUGCAGAGCUGUCCUGACGCUGUCCAUUGUGUCCGCGCGCUUUCCAUGACUCUCAGCGAUUUUCCGUGGGCCUGCGCCCUAAACCCCUCCAUUAUGGAAGAGCUUGUGUGGAACAUUUGCUGCGUGGGCUUUUUUCUAUUCAGUCGCCCAACCGACCUCCACCGCAGCCACUAACUUUGGACUUUAGCGAACGCAACUGCUCUUCGGCGAAAAAACAGUGGUGCGGUCGAAACGCAGAGGUCAGAUCCAACCACAGGAUUGAAUGAUUCUGUUUGAUAUGGUUUGUAACAUUUAGUCUCGCUACAUUGAAAUGAUCUGAGCGCACGCUUUCUUUUUCCCAGCAAUACGAGUGCAGGCCUCGGUUACUGUGAGAGACUUCUCAGUGACAUCCUGAGGGGAUUCAUUGUAUGACGGCGUCAUGACCGAAUGAUGACUAUCCAUCUGCCCGGUGACGGUGAUUGUGAGUGAUUCUGCUGCAAUGGAGGAUGUUUCCCAGCAGACCCAGUGACUCCCAUUGCUGCAUAUGCCUCCUGCUGAAUGUGGAAAGCCUAGGAUGGGAGACCCAUCACGUCCUGCUCUUAGGCACCGCAUUACAACGCUCUCAACCUCCGCCCCUUCGGUCGCCUUGUCUCCUCCUCACACACUGACACAGCCAGCUGCUUCUCCACCCACACCUGGCGGACCACUGCCACGGGGCGACGGGAUUCCAGGAUGUUUUUGAAAAUGCGCAGAAUACGGAGAUGUCAGUGUGUGCAGCUGAUGACCACCUGCCUGGUGCUGUCAGUGGUCAUGGUUUGCUGGGAGCAGCUGGACAACAAUGUCGUCAGCCACGUCAAGUCCUACUCUUACCGUUACCUAGUCAACCACUUCAUCAACAUCAACAAGAGCUUCACCAUCCCGCGGGAGCAGGCAAGACGUUUCAGCAACUUCCGCUACCUGCUGGACCACCCGGACAAGUGCAUCGAGAAGGACGUCCUCCUCCUCCUCUUUGUCAAAACAUCCCCUGAGAACAUCGGGAGGCGCAAUGCCAUCAGAUCCACCUGGGGUAAUGAGACCUACAUCCGAAACCGCCUGGGAGUGACUGUGAAGGUGGUGUUUGCCUUAGGAGUGGCACGGACCACAAGGGACGAGCCCUCAUGGAGUAAGAGGAAUGGGGUGGGCUUCCAGGAGCAGCUCAUCCGCGAGGACCGUCGCCAUGGUGACUUGGUCCAGCAAGACUUCUUGGACUCCUUCCACAACCUGACCCUGAAGCUGAUCCUGCAGUUCCACUGGAUGCACAGCCGCUGCGCACAUGCCCGCUUCUUCAUGACCGCUGACGACGACAUCUUCGUCCACAUGCCCAACCUGGUGAGCUACCUGCAGGACAUGAGCAGCAGGGGCGUCACUCAAUUCUGGAUUGGCCGCGUGCACAGGGGGGCACCACCCAUCCGCAGCAAAGACAGCAAGUACUAUGUGCCCUUCGAGAUGUACCAGUGGGUGUCGUACCCUGACUACACAGCAGGGGCUGGGUAUGUUGUGUCCCGCGACGUAGCAGACAAAAUCUAUCAGGCCACAUUGACCCUGAAUGCCUCCAUCUAUAUAGACGAUGUGUUCAUGGGCAUCUGCGCCAACGCCGUUGGUGUGACCCCACAGGAUCAUGUCUUUUUCUCAGGGGAGGGCAAGACGCCUUACCACCAGUGCAUCUAUGACCAGAUGCUGACCUCACAUGGUCACGUGGAGGAUAUCUAUGACUUGUGGAGGGCGGCGACACACCCACAGGUGAAAUGGUGGACCUCCGGACUGGUAGGCAGGCUCUACUGCACAGCCGUGAAAAUGGCUCUUCUUUGCAGACCCUACUAUCUCAACACAUACCACUGCAAAGCAGCCUUUUUGUAGUACUGUUUUCGGUUUGUGCGUGUGUGAGUGUGCGUGUGCAUGACCGAGAGAGAAAUAUUGUGGCAUACCGUGGAACAUGGUGAAAUGACGCUGUGAAUAUUACCUCAGUCCUUUCAGUCGGACGUUCGUGUCUGUCAAAAGACACAAACGUGGUCUGUUUUGCAAGGAGGAAGAGAGAUCACAUCAUGUUUCCUCUGUUACCGUUGACCUGAGGUCACCAACAUAUCACUUGUUGGUGCGAUAAUGCAGUGACACUGGCCUCUAAUCAAAGAUUUCUCAACACAAGGCACCCUCAUUUACCCAUUUCAUCAACAUAGGCAUGAAAUAAAUCCACUUGCCUGAUGGCACUAGGAGGCGGCCUAUUUUUCUAAAAUGUUGGCGCAAAGCAGAACUAACACUUUUGGGGGAAGGCGAAAUCAUGAUGUGUGAGUCAGUCUUAACAGGCCGAUGACACCAGAUCCAAAAAUGUCUCCCUGCCCUAAUGAAUAAAAGUUCAACUGAAAGGACUUUACAAAGAUUACGUGUGCAGUAAUGAUGAGCAACUAUGUCUGGGCUCUAAAUUGACACUUUUGUUAAAGGAGGUUUCUUUUUAUUUUAAUUACAUUUGGGAAUUUUUUUAAAUGAAAUAAAAAUCUACUCAGUUAAACUGA